GACCUCCAGGCCCAGGACCGGGCUCACCGCAUCGGGCAGCAGAACGAGGUCCGCGUUCUCCGCCUCUGCACCGUCAACAGCGUGGAGGAAAAAAUCUUGGCAGCAGCCAAAUACAAACUCAACGUGGACCAAAAAGUGAUCCAGGCGGGAAUGUUCGACCAGAAAUCCUCCAGCCACGAGCGCCGGGCCUUCCUUCAGGCCAUCCUCGAGCACGAGGAGCAGGAUGAGGAGGAAGAUGAGGUGCCCGACGACGAAACGGUGAAUCAGAUGAUCGCCCGGCACGAGGAGGAGUUCGACCUCUUCAUGCGCAUGGACCUGGACCGGCGGCGGGAGGAGGCGCGGAACCCCAAGCGGAAGCCGCGGCUGAUGGAGGAGGACGAGCUGCCCUCGUGGAUCCUCAAGGACGACGCCGAGGUGGAGCGGCUCACCUGCGAGGAGGAGGAGGAGAAGAUGUUCGGCCGCGGCUCGCGGCACCGCAAGGAGGUGGAUUACAGCGAUUCCCUCACCGAGAAGCAGUGGCUCAAGGCCAUCGAGGAGGGCACCCUGGAGGAGAUCGAGGAGGAAGUCCGGCAGAAGAAAUCCUCACGGAAGCGGAAGCGCGAGCCCGAGGGACCCCCGGGACCCCCGGCGGGCGCCCGGAGCCGCGACAAGGACGAGGAGAGGAGCAAGCAGAAGAAACGGGGGCGACCCCCGGCCGAGAAGCUGUCCCCAAACCCGCCCCCCCUGACCCGCAAGAUGCGCAAGAUCGUCGACGCCGUCAUCAAGUACAAGGACAGGUGGUUCUUGGGAGUUCCUGGAGGGUCCCAGGUGAUCCUGAGGGUUCCUGAGGGUUCCCAGGUGGUUCUUGGGGUUCCUGGGGGGUCCCAGGCCAUCGAGGAGGGCACCCUGGAGGAGAUCGAGGAGGAAGUCCGGCAGAAGAAAUCCUCACGGAAGCGGAAGCGCGAGCCCGAGGGACCCCCGGGACCCCCGGCGGGCGCCCGGAGCCGCGACAAGGACGAGGAGAGGAGCAAGCAGAAGAAACGGGGGCGACCCCCGGCCGAGAAGCUGUCCCCAAACCCGCCCCCCCUGACCCGCAAGAUGCGCAAGAUCGUCGACGCCGUCAUCAAGUACAAGGACAG